CGAUGUGAUGUGAAUGUAACGCUAGUGAUAUAAAUACAAUGUAAAAUAAUAAUGCAGUACUAAUCCUGUUCAAUAUCCAACUGAGUAGACAUGGAACGAAUUUUAGCAUAGAGGGAAAGUGCCGGAUUUUUUAGUACAUAAUACGGGACAGUCAAGAACAGUCAGGUUGGGGGCAGAGCAGUCGCAUUUCAACAUCUGGUAACAUUGGAUCGACACGAAAAGACGACACGGAUACGGAUCACAAAAUGGAUUUUGGGGCCCUGCUGCACUACGCCAAAAAGAAGAACGAUGCGGCCACCAAGGACGAGGGCCCGGGACAGGGCAAAUACUAUAGCACAAAAUAUGCGCCACCCAAAAAAGAGUCCAAGGAGUCCAAACAGCUGUCAAGCAAUAUCCAGAAGUUUCUUCGAAAGAAGGAGGCCGAGGAGGCGGAAAAGAAGCGCGAGGAGCGCCAGAAACUCAACGAGCUGUUGGCCAAAAGGGACGAAAAAUCAAAAAACAAGAUCCGUAAAAUGCUCAAGGUCACCAAGUCGGCCAACAAGUCCGUUAUGGAGGAUGCCAAGGAUGGCGAUGGAGCCGUUAAUGGUCACGAGGCGGGGGAAGGGCAGGGCGACGAUUAUGGAUAUGUGUCUAAUGAGGCGAAUGCCUUCUACGAAAAGUACAUUGAGAAGGUGCGGGAUGUGCAGGAGGACAAGGGGUUUGCUCCCAGUAGACCACAAUCCCUACGAGAUCUUUCCGGGACCAAGGAGCGCGUAAAAGCAGCCAUCACUAGGGAAAAGGAGGAGGCUAAGUCUCACACACGGCAGAGAAACACUAGUACACCUGCAACCAGCGCCUCCAAGUCAAAGGAUCCCAACGUUGCCCGUUCAUAUAGCACAUCCAAAACGCUUUACGAUCCGGAAGCGGAGAAACGCGAGGAGGAGCGUAAGAAGCGGCAGGAGGAGGAGUCGCGAAAGGCCAAGUUAAAGCGAACUGCUCAACCACCGCCAAUGGACUUCCAAGCUCUUCUCCGUCUCGCUGAAAAGAAACAACACGAACCCGUGAUCUUUGAGCCUGAAAAGAAAAAGGAGCCGGAGCGUUUAUUAUCCGCCCGUGAGAAACGUGAAAUGGAGGAACGCCAGCGACAAAAGGAGCAGCGCGCACAGCGCGACAAGAUGCGGGAAAGUGAAGGCAAGGAGACUCCAAAAACUAAUACCAAUCGUAUGGAGCCGAACGGACGCAUACCCAAGCUCAAUCAAGCCAAGCCAGCGAAUCCACCAAGUGAAAGCUUCAAAAAACCCCUGGCCCCACCGCCAGCGAAAGCCAGCUCAAGUUCACACAGUUCCUCUAGUUCCAAUUCCCAUUCCUCUACUAGCCGUAAUCCUGCCUCAAGUAUAAAACCAGCUGGUAAGUCAACUCCAUUACCCGCCAAACCAGGAGCAAAUGCAUUGGCGGCGGUGAAAUCUAGCUCCAGUUCAAACAGGGAGGCCCCCUCAAAGAACCCUUAUGCGGCGGCCAACAAAAACGGAGCUGUUAGAGAGUUUCCACCCAGGGAUCGGCCUUCCAUCCCAUCAAAAGAUCGUCCAGCUGCUCCGGCGCCUGGCAAAACGAGACAAUUUCCACCCGCGGAUGUACAGAGAUCAUCAGGCGGCAGGCAGUUCCCGCCUGCAGAUGUCAAGAGACGGAAACCUCAAGAACAGCCAAGUAACAAAAGACGCAUUUACGACGACGAUGAUGAAGACGAGUACGAUUCUGAGUUGGACGACUUCAUUGAUGAUGGCGACUGCGAGGAGGAUAUUUCUUCACACAUCCGCGACAUCUUUGGCUAUGAUAAGCGGCGUUAUCGCGAAAUGGAUGAUGAUGAUCGAGGAAUGGAGUCCAGCUUUGCGCAGAUGCAGCGGGAGGAGUUCAUAAGCAAGAAGUUGGGAAUGCAAGAGGAUCUCGAGGAUAUGCGCAUGGAGGCGGCUCAUAAAAAGCAAAAAAUGGCCAAGAAGAAGGGCAGACGUAUAGAUUAGAGGAGCCCAUCGUGAAAAUCUCAAAAUACCUUAAUCCUCCUCUACGGUGUUGUCUUAUCGAGCGUAUGACCAAACGUCGACCGAUGCUGAUUCCAGAAGCUGUGCCUGUUGUGUUUUUAUAUAUCUGAAUACAUUGUUUAAUUAAUUUUGUGCCCUAGUUUAGUAUAAGCCCCAAGCACACACGCCAUCUACAAAUACAUAUACAAGGUAUGUGCGCCUAAA